CAGUUCCUCGGGGCUCAGUGUCCUUGUGCGGAAAUGACACACGGUCCCGUCACGUCACGCGAGAGCGCAGCGCGCGGACCCCCUCUCUCUCGCACACGGACACACACACACACACACAUACACAAAGAGCCAAGUGGGAGGGGAAGACACGGGAGCCAGCCACGGCCGCUCUUAUAAAACACCCACCCAAGACCAAGGGGGGCCCUCACCCUCUUUUUCCCACAGUGCCUAAGAAGGACCCAGAGUACGGAAUAUGAAUUCAGAUGAAUUAUUUGAUGACGAAGAAAAUGCUGAAGUUAUUAUCAAAAAUAUUAUGAAAGUAGAAACAGACAAGGAGGAUGAAGUCCUAGACUGCUCAGUAAUAUCAAGACCUGAAAAAAACACGCUGGAUGGUUUAGUGACUUCUCUGCAAGACACCAAUAAACGAAAACGGACCUUGUUUGGUUGUGAUAGCUCAGGAAGCCACCAAGAAAUUCUACCAAGUCUGAAAAAAAGAGGCCUUACACAAGAGGGCCUUCUUUCAAACUUGAUGCACAGAGAUGGAUCACCUACUCAGGAAGAUGUGGAACAGCUAAACAAGAGCAAGAAUCCUAGCAUAACGUGGCUUGGUGAAGAAGAAGCCUUAAAUAACACAAUCAUGCCAUCAUAUAAGAAACCUCUGUAUGGGAUCUCACACAAAAUUACAGAGAAGAAAAAUCUGCCAGGAACGGAGCAGUUCACUUCCUAUGAGUUGUUUGAAAAGGUUAAUCCUAGCAGUCCUUCCAAUCUUCGGACAUUGAAUGAGCAACGUAAAAGAGAUAUGAGUGCUAUCACACCUGUUGCUUCCGAGUCCGACCCAAAUAUAUAUUCUUUGAUACAAAAAAUGUUUUACACACUUAAUACCUUAAAUUCCAACAUGACUCAGCUUCACAGCAAAGUAGACUUGUUAUCACUUGAAGUCAGUCGAAUUAAAAAGCAUGUCAGCCCCACAGAUGCUGUAGCAGAAUUCAGGCCACCACCUGAGUACCAGCUGACUGCCUCAGAACUCAAACAGAUCAUGGAUCAGAGUACAUCAGGUGGAGAUUUGGCUUGCCGACUACUGGUACAGCUUUUUCCAGAGCUCUUCAGUGAGGAUGAGUUAAGCAGGACCUGUAGUACCUGUGGCUAUCUUAACAAAAAGAAACUUGAGUCACUUCAUCUGCAGCUCAUCCGAAAUUAUGUAGAAGUCUGUUAUCCUUCUGUGAAGAAUCCUGCGGUUUGGCAGGCAGAGUGUUUGCCUCAGGUCAAUGACUUUUUCAGUAGCUUUUGGGCACAGAGAGACAUGGAAAAUAGUCAGCCAGACAUACAGUCCUCCAGUUUUUAUGAGGCUGAUCAAGUUAUUGAUGAUAAGGAGGAGGAUGAAGCUCUGCCCAUGGACAGGAGUAGUUCCAUUGCCUCUGAAUGGGUAUUUGAUGCUCAGGACAUAAAUGAAUUUUUAGAUGAAGCUUCCUCUCCUGGAGAGUUUUGUGUCUUUUUAUUACAUAGAUUGUUUCCAGAACUCUUUGAUCACAGGAAGUUGGCCGAGAGAUACAGUUGUUAUGGAGAAUGUGGGAAACAAGAGCUUGACCCACAGCGACUUCAGGUAAUUCGCAGGUACACAGAGAUUUAUUUUCCUGCUAUGCAGGAGAGAAAGGCCUGGUUGCAGCAUUGUGUUCAGCGAAUAAAUGAUGAACUUGAAAGCAUGUAUAUGGAUGACAGUGAGAGUGAACAGAUGAGAGAGGAAUGCUAUGAUUCUUCUAGUUUGCCUGAUGAUGUGUCUAUUAUAAAAGUGGAAGAUAAUUUUGAAUAUGAAAGGCCAGGCAGAAGGUCAAAAAAGAUUUGGCUUGUGCCUAUAGACUUUGAUAAGCUUGAUGUCCCUUCUCCUGAUUUUGAUGUCCCUAUUCCAGACUACCUGUUAAGCAAGGAACAGCUUAAGAACAUAUAUGAGAGCAGUUUGUCAAUCGGCAAUUUUGCUUCUCGAUUGCUAGUUCAUUUAUUCCCUGAACUGUUUACCCAUGAAAACUUAAGGAAGCAAUAUAAUUGUAGUGGAUCACUGGGUAAGAAACAACUUGAUCCUGUUAGGAUUAAAUUAAUUCGACAUUAUGUGCAAAUGCUAUAUCCGAGAGCGAAGAAUGAUCGAGUAUGGACAUUGGAAUUUGUUGGAAAACUCGAUGAAAGAUGUCGUCGAAGAGAUACAGAGCAAAGACGCACAUACCAACUGCAGCGAAAGGUCCAUGUGCCAGGACCUGAAAGGAGAGAAUUUUUGACCUAUGCAAUAAACCCGGAAAGAUUUAAAGAAGAAUUCGAAGGACCGCCAUUGCCUCCGGAAAGAAGCAACAAAGAUUUUUGCAAGAUACCACUUGAGGAACUUGUUGUUCCUCCUCCAGACUUUCCUGUGCCUUCUCUGUAUCUGCUGUCUGACAAGGAAGUAAGAGAAAUAGUACAGCAGAGCCUUUCAGUUGGUAACUUUGCUGCCAGGCUUCUUGUAAGACUUUUUCCAGAGCUGUUUACUUCAGAUAACCUCAGACUGCAAUACAACCAUUCAGGGGCUUGUAACAAAAAGCAGCUCGAUCCUGUCAGACUGAGACUAAUCCGUCAUUAUGUUGAAGCUGUUUAUCCUGUUGAGAAAAUGGAUGAAGUGUGGCAUUAUGAAUGUAUACCAAGCAUUGAUGAAAGAUGCAGACGUCCCAAUAGAAAAAAGUGUGAUAUACUGAAAAAAGCCAAGAAAGCAAAAAAGUGAUGGGAUCUUUUUAUUUUCCAAAGAUGUUGACCACUAAGUUAUUUAGAAGGAGACUGAGACAUCAGUCAGCCUGCUUUAGACUAAUACUCAGAAUAUUCACUCAGCAUUAGGGCAAUUGAUAAGAAAAAUGUUGCUCUAACACAUACGGGAAAGGGCAAUACAGUGAGGAUGGGGGAAAGGGGUAUAGGACAAUCCAGUGGGAAUGUCACUUAGAAGAACCUAUUGAAAUGAAUGCAUAUUGUGGGAAAAGAUGUAACUCCAUUUCAGGAUGCCUGUAUGUAGGCUAGGUUUCUGAUAGUGCCCUUACUUCCUACCUGAAUUGGUACACAGCAAAGAAUCAUAAAUUAUUACAGAUGUUCCAGCAGGAUCUCAUUUAAAUAUAAUCAUCGGUGAAAAUAAAUUAUAUAGUUUUAAAUUUUUUAAUUGAUUUUUUAGCAGUGAGUAGUCGCGUGCUCUUUAAAAGUUUCUGUAGGUACCUUUAAUCAGUCAUUUGGAAACUAACUAAUUUUUUAAAUUUUCAAAGCUGUAGUUUUUGAAGUGCCAUACUCUUUGAAAGAGUAGAGAAUCAAGACAAUUUCUGUACUAAUUACAGCUACUCCUUGUAUUAGUUUGAAUAUUGGGAGAGUGAAGUACUACAAAAUCAAUGAACAGAAAAGUUUCAAUUUCUUUAAAGGUUUCCCAUUUUGUUGCUGAAUGGUUGUAAAAGUUAAGGUUAUGAUCUAGGCAUUAUUGUGUUAAGAUCGUAGUACCAAUACUUCAGUUGUAGGUCAUCUAAGUUAUUCCAUUGUCUUCAGUGUGACUUCUUGGUAUAAAAGCUACUGGUAUAAGCAUAGGUUGUGAAAUAGAAUCUUGCCCUGUAUCAGUAGAAUAUGGUGCUAUUACCUGUUAUUCUCACUACUUAUAUUUAAAAAAUACUUGAAUUGAGGAAUGUACAAAAACAUUUAAGCGCAUAUUAUUUUUGUUAGCAAAAUGAUUGCAGCCUUUGAAAAGUUCAAAAUAUUAAAUAUUAUAUGUAUCUAUA